CCCAAAUCGUUCUAUGAACUUUAAUACAACUAGCUUGUAUCACUAUUUGUUUAAUAAAUAAAUUGAUUUACUAAUUUAAACUACCAAAUACCGAAUUUUAAAGAAAAAUCGUAAGAAUCAAUUCUUUAAAUGACGACAAGUAAAAAACCAUUAUUACAAUUCAAUCUAAGGUCUAAAUAUAUAACUAACUUCGGAGAAUAUGGACUUCGAUUCAAAAACCCUGAAGAUCACACCAAUCAGAAAGAUCAAUGGCAAAACGUGUAUUUUUAUGGUAAAACACCCAUAUCACUUUUGCUUCUUUUUUUCUCUGCCAACCUUUUUUCCUUAUUUUUUUCCGCCAUUAAAAAAAGUAAUAUUAUAGUAGUAAGUUUGAAAGGUUUUAUUUAUAUUUAACUUUUAUACAUAAAGAUUAUAUAUACCAUAAUUAGAAAAUGAUUAUUAUUCAAAUAGUUUAAUACAUUUGGAAAUUU